AAAAUUUUUUUAUUGAGAAUUUUGAUAUAAACAUGGAUUUGAUAACAGACUUUUCGAUAUCUAUAUUUGGAAAUGUUUUUGUGAUGCUUUGCAAUAAAAGUACGACAGUAUUUGAUGAAAAGUUUUUUGUAAAUUUAUUGCAUAAAUUAAAACCAUUCUUUCCCUGUUCAUUUGUAUCAUCAAGAAGUUCACCAGUUUCUUUAAAAUAUGACUGGUUCUACACCACUCCAACUCAACAGGAAUCUGGUAUUAUUACUAAUGUACCUGAUAUGUUAUUUAAAAGACGGAGAAUUGCUGAACCAUAUAUCACAUUAAAUUACAAUGAACAGUUUCAAGAAAAAGAGGAAGUUCAAUUAAGCCUACUAUUUAAUGGUGAGCUUAAAAGUGGCGUGACACUCACUGCAAGCUGUGUAUAUUUAAGUAAACUAACUUAUUUGAGUUUAUGUGGAACUGUCCGUUACAGUAAUGAUUUCUUUGAAAUUUUGUUCCGUUGUUGUAAUAGGCUUGUAACAUUAAACAUAGAAGCACCUGGAAUAUGCCCAUGUUUUACUUUUGUAUCAAGAUUUAUUUCAUUAAGCCAAAGUCUUAAAAAUUUAAGGAUUGUUGACAAAAGAAUAGAUUUUAAGACAUUAUUUUCAUCCCUGAGCCAAUGUAAAACAUUAGAAAAUAUUAACAUUUCUGAUAUGUCUUCUAAUUCAUUUGAUCUUUCUGAUCCAUCAACUUUACUUCAAAAAUGUGAGAAAUUGUAUUGUUUAUAUAUUUAUGGAUCUGUGUCUGAUAAAACUCGAACAAAGAAAUUGUUAAUUUUGAAAAAAGCAAAACAGAAAAGUCAAAAAUUGCAUUUAAAAGUAAAUCUUUUUAGUAAUUCACAUUUGGCAUAUGACCCUUUUAUUGAUGUAUUUAAAUUAAAUCCAAUAAAACCAAUAUAAACAA